AUGAACAAGGGAAGCCUCCACGCGGCGACUCCCAUGAGUCGGGAGCUAUUACCAGUACCGACAUCUAGUGCCCGAGCAUACGGAACACCAGGUGUUCAGCUAGAGGCGCUUAGCGUCCAGAGAAGUGAUCCCUCCCUUGGCGAAUCAGAGGUUGCAAGUCUAGAGGGGCGAGAGGAAGACCCAGUCGGCUACACUCUUCGCCUUGCAGCCCAAUCUAUUGCGGCGGCUCGCCAAGACUUCUUCAACGAGUUAGCAUCGGCACGCAAGAAAUACGAAACUAUGAAGGAGCAAUACGAGCAGGCGUCCCAAUUCUAUUUUGAUCUGCGUGGACAGUACGAGGACUUUCUUGGCGAAUACAACCGUAUUUCUACCGAUAUUGUGAGGGGGCUUGAUGAACAGAGACAGCUUAAGGAGACAGCUAAAAUCCAACUCGGACACGCUCACGGCGAGCUUCUAGCGCUUGCAGCUUGGAAGACCUCGGACCCUCAAGCCCGUGAUGAUACCAUCGGGAUCCUCCAAAAAACUAUCCAUGGCAAGAAUGCCAAGAUCACGAACUUGGAGGGUGAACUAGAGCGACGAGGAAAACAUGCCGCCGAGGCUAUCCGAGGUCACAACGCUGCAGUUGCCGAAGUUGGCAGGCUCAACGCUAUCAUUAUGGCACAUGAGUUGCGUGCUGGUCAACUUCAAAAGGAGGAGGUGGCUGCCCUCACCGCAAAACCUGACGCACAGGAGCCUCGACCCCUAAGCCGGCAAUUCACGCCCGCCAAAGAGGCUAUGGGGAUGAGGUUUGAAGAGCACGACAAUAUGGACAGCUGGUCAACAGUGGUCAAUGUUGGGGAGGAGAGUGGGGAAGAGAGAAGAAGAAAGAAGCCGAAGCAGCACCACGAAUGGUGA